CGCGGCGCCCUCCGCGCCCGGGCUGCGGCCGGCGGCGGCGGGGUGCCGGCUGCUAGCAGGAGCCGGGGGCAGGCGGGCGGAGAGGUGGGCUCCCGCCGCCGCCGCGGCUGGGCGCCGCCGCCGCGGCUGAGAUUAGGCUCCCGCUCGGCUGCGAUGCGGAGCGGCGGGGCCGGCGCGGCGGGGCCCGGCGGGAGGGCGCGGGGCGCCGCCGGGCGCUAGGCGGGCGGCGCGCGCGGAGCCGCCGGAGCUCUCCAGGGUGCUGGGGCGCCGCCCGCCCGCCCGCCCGCCCGCCCGCGGGGAGCCGCGCCGCCGCCCUCCCCCGCCGCGCCGCGCCAAGCCGCGCCGAGCCGAGCCGAGCCGCGGAGCCCCGCCGAUGGCUCGGACACGACCGCUCCAGGGCUCCGCGGCGCCCCCGAGCAGCAUGGCCCGGAUUAGGUACCUCCGCGCGGCUGUCUCGGGAUUUUAUCUGUGGGAAGCCGCGGUACUGCUCAGCUUGGUAGCCACAAAGGAAACAGACAGUGCAAGAUCUCGUAGCAUGCCAAUGUCGCCAUCUGAUUUCCUGGAUAAGCUAAUGGGUAGGAUGUCAGGCUACGAUGCAAGGAUCAGACCAAAUUUCAAAGGCCCUCCAGUUAAUGUCACAUGCAACAUAUUUAUAAACAGCUUUGGAUCCAUUGCAGAGACAACCAUGGAUUACCGAGUAAACAUCUUUCUCCGUCAGAAUUGGAAUGAUCCACGCCUCGCAUACAGCGAAUAUCCAGAUGACUCUUUAGACUUAGAUCCAUCCAUGCUGGAUUCAAUUUGGAAACCUGAUUUGUUCUUUGCAAAUGAAAAAGGUGCCAACUUUCAUGAAGUUACAACAGAUAAUAAGUUGUUGCGAAUUUUCAAAAAUGGAAAUGUACUUUAUUCCAUCAGAUUGACUUUAAUACUGUCCUGUCCGAUGGAUCUAAAAAACUUUCCAAUGGAUGUGCAAACAUGUAUAAUGCAGCUGGAAAGCUUUGGAUACACAAUGAAUGAUCUAAUUUUUGAAUGGCAAGAAAAGGGAGCAGUUCAAGUAGCAGAAGGUCUCACUCUGCCACAGUUUCUGUUGAAAGAAGAAAAGGAUUUAUGUUACUGCACCAAGCAUUACAAUACAGGAAAGUUUACAUGUAUUGAAGUCCGAUUUCACCUUGAGAGGCAGAUGGGUUACUAUCUCAUCCAGAUGUACAUACCGAGUCUCUUGAUCGUCAUUCUCUCCUGGGUGUCAUUUUGGAUCAAUAUGGAUGCAGCUCCAGCCAGAGUGGCUUUAGGCAUAACAACUGUACUGACCAUGACAACACAAAGCUCAGGUUCACGAGCAUCUCUUCCAAAGGUGUCAUAUGUCAAAGCGAUUGACAUCUGGAUGGCUGUGUGUCUGCUCUUCGUAUUUUCUGCACUUUUGGAGUACGCAGCUGUAAACUUUGUUUCAAGGCAGCAUAAAGAACUUCUGCGAUUCCGCCGCAAGAGGAAGAAGAACAAGUUUGAGGGAGUUCUUGAUGGAAAUGAAAUCAGUGAAUCAUUGCAGCAUAGCAAUGGCUUGAGAUGUACAGGACCUAUAGAUGGGACUUUGCCUCAAAUCUACAGUACAAAUUUAAGGGAUGAUGAUGUAAGGGAAAGUCAGUUUAGCUUUACAGCAUAUGGAAUGGGCCCAUGUCUGCAAGCAAAAGAUGGAGUGACACAAAAGGGGCCAAAUAAUCCUGUUCAAGCUGCACGAAAAAGUCCUGAUGAGAUGAGAAAGGUAUUCAUUGACCGGGCCAAGAAGAUAGACACAAUAUCCAGAGCUUGUUUCCCAUUAGCCUUUCUGAUUUUCAAUAUUUUUUACUGGGUAAUUUACAAAAUCAUCAGGCAUGAGGACAUUCACCAAUAACAAGAGUAAGGCUUGUAGUACAUACAGAUCUGGCUGCCAUGUUCAACAGGAGGCUUUUUGUUAAAAAUGCACAUCGGAGGAGUGAUUGGGAGAGUUAAAAGCAUGGGGGGGGGAAGAUCCUGCAUGGCCUGCAAUGCCCAGUCACAGUGGAAUGGACUGAAUGACACCCAGAGAAGAUACAUCUGCUAUUGCAAACUUUCAGUGUCAAACUAAAUAUUAACAACUUUUUCAUUGUAAAUCACUCUCUACUGAAGCUUUACUGCCAAGUAUUUAUACAUACUGUUACAUAGUGGUAUAAUUGUACAGUAUUCUUUGAUGUUCUUUGACUUUUUUUAAUUCUGGUGCGUUUUUAAUUAAAAAAAAGUAUCCAAAAUACCCUAGGUAAAUCCCACCGUAUUACAGAAUAGAUUAGUAUUUUAAACUUUUAUUUUAAUUUUACAAGAUAAUGACAAAUUACUGAUUUGAGAUUACAGUUUUAAGGAUUUUUUCUUGUCUUAAGGACAGUACCUGCAGUUUUGCAAUGAGCACGUCUGACACAUUUAAGUUAUAUAAUUUAUUCAAUGUACUUCAUGUUACUGUUCUCCUGGAAGCUGUAUGUUGAAAUAAUCUCAAACAGCACAGGGUAUCUACAGCCUAAUAGUCUGCAUAUCACAUGGGAAAUAUAUUAAAAUUUGUGAAGUAUUGAUCCUGCAAAGGAUUUUUUUUUCUUUUAAUUACCUACACUUUAAUAAUCAAAACUUAUAAUAUUUUUUAAUCCUUUUUAUAUUUUUGAAGGGUUUGUUUUUCUCAACUGAUAAAACUCAUACAGCUUGUGAGAUAGACAAACUACAUCAAAAUUUUGCAAUGCUUCGUUUUGAUUCAAUGCAAAGAGAUCUUGGACCAAAACUAAAAGCAAAUAGUCAACUGCUUCACUGAAAUAUUUCGAGGAUAAGUACAGCUGUGUUUAUGCACAUUUAUCUCCUACAUGUUACAUAAAUACAGGAAGUUAAAUUUAUGAGUAUAUCAAGUUUUCUAACUCAUUCUUUGAAGUAUAUUGAUAUGACUUAGAUACUGGUUAAGAAGCACUUCACAGCCUUAGAAAAACAUGCAGCUCUUCUAAAACAUGAAAAAGGAUCUGGAUGGUCUUUUACAUUUAUUGUACUUCACAUUAAUAAAUAGGAGAACAACUAUUAAAACUCUUAGAGAGAUUUUCCCUAUUUAGGAUUAAAUAAGUUAUACUAGUUGCUUCUUUGAAUUGUAACACAAUAGAUCACAUCUAUGGCCUACCUUGUAGGCAAGAGUGUUUACUUUUGCCAAUCCUGUCUCUUGGAAAACAAAAACAUGCUAAGAUAUGGAACUCUGACAUUUAGAUUUACUAGAUAUUUUAAGUCCAGUAGCUGAGGCUGUUUCUCAUUGCAAAAUAUUUUUCUUUUUAACAUGUUUUAAAUUUUUGGUUUGUUGUUGCUCAGAAUGUGUAUACAAAAGCAAAAUCAGCUGGAGGCAAACAUCUGGUGCACUGCCAAAGGCACGGUGCUUAUGAAGCAACAGAAGCAAUGUAACUCUGCACUGAGGAUUAUAGCAUAGCAACCUUGGGUUUGGUUGGGUUUGUUGUCAUUUUCCUCCAAGGAUUAGUUAGAGAGAUUCUGAAAUAGUAGCUCUCAGAUUUGGUUCUUCUGUGUCAGAAAGAAGCUGUAUAAUCCUCCUUUAUUUUAAAACAGUAUUAUUUUUUCAGAGUUUUGCUUCAUGUAUGAUCUGAAAUGAAUUCAAUUCACUUUAAACAAUCAUUGUUUGCUGAGGUUAUGUCUUGGUUUUGUUGAUUUCUUUAUGUGCAUGUUCCAAAAAAUCCUAUUCACUUAUGAAGGUGCUCACCUGUGUGAGGGAGUAUCAUGAACUAAUGGCUGACAUUUCAGUUGGAUUAUAUUAAUCUCUCCCAAAGUUAUCAUUAGCUGUAUCGUAUGAAAAGGGAUGUUAACUUGCUUCUGCUAUCAGUAAAGUCAACAGUAUUUUGUUUAAGGACUGUUUGAAGUACUGGAUCCAUAACCAAGAGGCAAUCAUAAAAAAUUACAUUAUCUUUCUGGCUCAUCUCUCUUCUUUCCUUCUAAAUUAGCUUUAUUGAAUUCAAUAAAGAAUUCUUAGUUGAAGGGGUAAGUGCAUAAAAAAAUGAUGGCUAGAUCAGAAUAACUCCUAGUUAUUCUAGUUUAUAACACUUGAGUACCUGGUUCAUAUUGCCUCUUUCCCAAUCAUUCAAUAGUCUGUUGCUCUUGCACAUGUAGUACUACCUUGUUUUGAAAACAUUAACAAAUUUGAGUCAUGCAGAGUUAAACAAAUUUAGCCCUAAUUUCUUUCUUCACUCUGAGGCAGAAAAGGUCUAUGCUCUCAAAUAAAGAAAUCAGACAAGAAAUCUGAUAAAAGAGAGAUUAAAUUACAACACUGGCAAAAUGUAACAGGGAGUUAGAAGGAAUGUAAAUUGUUAAGCAAAAAAGACAAGUUCCUUCAUUCAUAUGUGAACCUAUUACCUCAGUGAGGGGGAAGAACCCUUGUGCCACAUUUCUCUUUGAUUAGAGGUAUGCUAAUCUAAGGAAAAAUUACAGCAUAUAGCAUAUAUAAAAUAAAAAGCAUAGAUCUACAUUCUAAUUCUUUUCUGACCUCCCUAAUGGAUUGUUACCUAUAUGUUCUAUUUAAAAUAAGUGAGAUCUAUAGAUUUAAUGACUGGACCUAGUGUCUAGUGUUGCCUCUCAGGAUGCAACUCUUCAGCCAUGCAUGCGUUAUGGUGAGAGAGAAGAGGGUCUCAGACCUGGCCGAUGGAAAGUAUAUCCCUUCCUCUAUGUACUUAUAUUGGUCUUUCAUAGGCCGUUACAUUGGGAAGUUGAGCAUACUCUACUUUUAUACAGAAAAUUUACAUAUAAUGCUCAGUCUUCUAACAGAGCACAUUGAAAAUGAAGAGAAUUAAAUAUGUUUAAAACAUCAUUAUGAAAACUCUACAGUCUUGCUGGAACAUUUUUUAUUUAGCAAUCCAUUAAUAAUAAAAGUAUUUCAAACAGAGGGGAAAAGUAAAAAAUGGUUCCGUGAUGAUGGUUUCAAAUGAACAUAACAUUUGGCAUGUCAUUCUGCUGCCCUCAGGUAAGUAAAGAUUUUCUAUUUCGAUGUAAUGGAACCAAGAUCUCUCCUGAACUGAUGGUUUUCUGUGUUUUUACUGGAACCAUAACAUAACAUUUGCCAAGGUAACAGAAGCCUCUGCAGUCCACUAAAUAAUGUGUUUUUCAAAAGAAAGCAGAAUGUAAAAUUAAAAUUUCAUUUAAAUUAUUCCUGAAUGACUUAGUGUAAAGUCACACAGUAAAGAAAGAGAGAAAUGUCAUUUGAGAUGAUAAGAAAUUUCAAGGCACAACUGCCUGCUAUUCACCACUGACUAGGGGAAAAGUCCAAAAAUGCCAGCAGGCAUGCCAGCCCUCUGUACAAAGCUAGAAUCAACAGCUACUGUCAUCAGCUAAGGUUAGUGUGGGAGAUGAUUCUUUUGUAACUGUAUAAUGAAGUAGCAGGCAAUAACAUGAAGAAGAUGCAAGAAUUGAAAUGUACUCUGCAGUAUUUAUCAGACUGAGCUAUUUAUGCUACAGUCCUGUGGAAGAGGCAGUGGAGAGGCAGAAAAACAAUCAUCAAGGAAAUAAGUUUGAGGCAGAUGCUACUUAGCAGGGCUUCUCCUUGUCGUGGUUUAACCCCAGCCAGCAACUAAGCACCACGCAGCCGCUCGCUCACUCCCAUCCCCCACCCAGUGGGAUGGGGGAGAAAAUUGGGAAAAGAAGUAAAACUCGUGGGUUGAGAUAAGAACGGUUUAAUAGAACAGAAAAGAAGAAACUAAUAAUGAUAAUGAUAACACUAAUAAAAUGACAACAGUAAUAAUAAAAGGAUUGGAAUAUACAAAUUAUACACAAUGCAAUUGCUUACCACCCACCAAUCGACACCCAGUUAGUCCCCAAGCAGCGAUCCCCCCGCCCCCACUCCCCCAGUUUACAUACUAAAUAUGGUGUCACAUGGUAUGGAAUACCCCGUUGGCCACUUUGGGUCAGUUGCCCUGGCUGUGUCCCAUCCCAACUUCUUGUGCCCCUCCAGCUUUCUCGCUGGCAGGGCAUGAGAAGCUGAAAAACUCUUGACCUAGUCUAAAGACUACUCAGCAACAACUGAAAACAUCAGUGUUAUCAACAUUCUUCUCCUACCUAACUCAAAAACAUAGCACAGUACCAGCUACUAGGAAGACAAUUAACUCUAUCCCAGCUGAAACCAGGACACUUCUACAUCUAAAAAAGACCCCGUUCAUUAGGCUGAAGUAGAUAGCUACCUCACCUCACUAUCACAGAACCUGGGCUCUGCAGAGUACAGGUCCUUAGCAAAGCCACACAAGAAGGCUUCUUGUAAGCACAACCCCUAUGUGACAGGCUAAUGCAGCUUUGCCCCAAGUCAUCAUUCACCAUAGGUGCAGACUCUGUGCUGCUCAGGUCAUGUUUUUGUGGUCUCUGUAGACCAGCCCUAUACUUCAAAAAUAAAAUACUGGCACUAGAAGAUCAUUGCAAUACAAUGAAAAUAGAGGGAGGAACUGUAGGAUCUGGAGGAAUACUCCAGUAACACAGAGACCAGAGAGCUGACACAGUCACCAUAAAGGGGAAAGAAGGAAGCAUGAGGCAUCCUUACUACUUUUCCCCAUCCCCCAGUAUCCGCUCCACAGGUACACGUGUUCAGGUAGAAGCAGUAGCUGCAGAGGGAAACAAUUUAUGUCAACUGCUGCAAAGUAUAUAUUCUCUUGGGACAGUAGUUUCUACCUGUGCAGAGAGACAACUGACUUCCACACCAUCCGCUUUCUUAAUGGAAAGAGAAGGGGAGCAGGAAGGUACAGGAUGAAAAGUAUGGGCUGUACAUAGCAUAAGAAGGACCACAGGGAGAGAGAAAGCUGAAAGCAGAGUCUGGAACCUCUCAUAUGACUGUCUUUUCUUUCUGCACUAAAGAGAGAGAUGUGGCCAAAUCCAUGUCAUCCCUCGUAAGGCCAAAAACUUCAAGACCUUGAGAGAGGAUAAGAAAGGUCCCUUAGAGGUGCAGUAGAUAUACUGAACUGCCACAGUACCAAACUCCUGCUUAAAUUCUGAAUAGCAAAAUGCAUUUUAUUUUUAAAACAGUAUUCAAAUAUCAACAAAAUAGGCUUGCAUGGUUAGAGGGCUGGCUUUUUUUCUCUGUAAUGUUGAUAAACUAGAGGAGGCUUGAAGGAGAAAGGGAAGAAGGUAUACUAGUGUUUUACUAUUUAGAAUUUAGCUAUUUUAAUACCAAAAUAAAGCACAUUCUACUUUCAAGGAGUUUUGACAGCAAGCACUAUUAUUUAAGCAGGUAAGUGGAAUUCAGGAAGAACACGGGAUUUAAUUAUUCUUUCAGCUCCAUCAUAUAUUGGUUUUCUUUGCAUUCUCUUUAUUAAGAGUUUGUUCCAAAACCUUUUCAUAGUCUGCUUUAUAAAGAAUCCUUUGUGAUGUGUGAGAGAUGAUUCUGUUUACUCACUAGAAAGACUUACAUUUAGGUGAUUUAGAUGUGCACUUUACAUUUAAGGAUUAAGGUAUUGCUUCCACUUUGUACUAUAACCCCUUACAAAACUGUAGGUUGAUAAUGUAGAUAAAAAUAGAAUAUACUAAAGUAUAUAAAACCUUAUAUUUUUAACAGUAGGGAAAGAUAAAAAGUCUUCCUCAACCAUUAAAAAAAAGUAUUAUUUUUAGCAAUAAUUUUAUAUUAGAUGGAAAUGAAUUUAUUUAUACAGUUCCCAGCCCAAGCUGAGAUGGUUGGUUGCAAAAGAUAGAUGCACUUUAUGUGCAGCUUCUGCUCUUAUUUGAGCUAUUGUAGGAAUUAAUCUAAUGCAACAGAGCAGAAUUUGGCCUUAAACUGUGAAACUGCUGAAUGAGUUAUUAAUUCUUACAGUAUGCUUGUGAGGUAGUAAAAUAACUUUAUCCACAUCUUACUGUAUAAUCAUAUGGUUAUUUAGAUGAGGACAAUAUCAGAUCAUCGUGGCUUUUUUCCUUUUUGAGACAACUGAGAAGAAAAAUAUAAAUCACAAACCAAACUACUUGUUAAUAAUAAAAUGGGUAUCCCAUUUUGGAGUGGUUAUGGAAAAGGUGCCUUCAGGCAACACGCAUCACCUACAGUAGUUACUGAAAUUCUAUCAGUUUGGAAGGCUUGUGGAAGCAGGUUAGAUUGCUAGAAGCAGUGGGUUAAAUGCCAGAAAAAUGUUGGCUCAUCUUGUAUUCUUGACAUUCUUGAAUAUUACUGCACUUCUUCACUUUCAUCUCUGUGAAAUAUGCAAGAAACAUUUCUUAUGUUUGUAUUUUAAUGUAUGACAGAGUGAUGUUAACAGAUGAAAUGGACUGAAGUAGCUACUGAUGUUCCAUGAAUGUGUAAUCGUGAGCUGUAUAAAAAGAAAUUGUGCCAUAAGCUUUUGACAUAAAGGUUUAACAUAAUAUACAGUAUUUUGUGUGUUAGUGAUCCCAGCUUUUUAAAGGCUACAGCAAGAAAAAAGAAAAAAAAGUUAAUAUGAUAGUUUAUUAAUAAUUUGUCUGUGAGUUUUCAAAAUAUUCUCCUGUGAAUUCUGUCUGAUGGCAAUUUCAUCUCAAAGUACUUACUUUUUGGUAAAACUCUGUAAAUGUGUUGUGCAUGGAUUUGAUUAAAUUCCUUUUUAUUGUAUUGCAGUAUCAUAUUGCACUUAAACUGACAUUCUCUGCACACAGAAGUGUUAAAAUAUGUGAAAUUUAUGGUGUCAGUCAUGUCAUUGUAGAUAUUUUAUUAAAAAAAUAAACUUAACUUUUUUCAGAAA